AUGGCGGGUGCUAAAUCAGCUCUGGUGCUGUGCAUGGAUGUGGGCUUCUCCAUGUCCAACUCAGGUCCAGGGGAAGAGUCUCCCUUUGAGCUUGCCAAAAGGGUUAUCCAGAAGUUUGUCCAGCGACAGGUUUUUGCAGAGACUAAGGAUGAAUUGGCUUUAGUUCUGUUUGGCACCGAUGCCACCAAAAACCCUCUGGAUCAGGAUGAUCAGUACCAGAACAUCACAGUUCAUCGUCACCUCAUGAUACCAGACUUCGAGCUUCUGGAGGAGAUUGAACAUCAGAUCCACCCAGAGAGUCAGCAGGCUGAUUGGCUGGAUGCCCUUGUAGUGUCCAUGGAUCUUCUUCGAACCGGAACUCAGGGGAAGAAGUGUGAUCGUGUCAACAUUGUCCUCCUGACUGACCUCACCACCCAGACAAACCCAGACAAACUGGAUGUUAUUAUUGACAACCUGAAACAAGCUGGCAUCACCCUGCAGUUCUUCUUGCCUUUUCCCGUGGAGGACGAGGAGGAAGAGGACCAGGGAGAUGGGGACAGAAGGGGCCCCGGGCAGCCUGGUUGCGGUAAAGGUCUGUCCAGAGCACAGAAGAGUGGCCUGGACAUGGUGAAACACAUCAUGCUAAGCUUGGAUGAGGAAGACGGACUAGAUGAAAUUUACACUUUCAGGAAAGCAAUCGAGCAGCUGUGCAUGUUCAAACGCAUUGAAAGGAGACCCAUGGCCUGGCCCUGCCAGCUGACAAUAGGCAGCUCUCUGCCCAUCCGUAUUGUUGGCUACAAAGCAGUGACAGAGGAGAAACUAAAGAAAUUGUGGAUCACAGUGGACGCCCAAUCCCACAAAAAAGAUGACGUGAAACGAGAGACGGUGUUUUGUCUGGAUGACGACAACGAGACGGAGGUGCAGAGAGAUGACACCAUUCAAGGUUUUCGAUAUGGAAGCGACAUUGUUCCCUUCUCCAAAAUUGAUCAGGAUCAGAUGAAAUACAAGCAUGAUGGGAAGUGUUUUGCUGUGCUGGGCUUCACCAAACAGAACUUGGUACUUCGCCAUCAGUUCAUGGGUUCUCAGGUUGUCAAGAUUUUUGCUGCUAAAGAUGAUGAGCAUGCCGGAGUGGCUCUGUCCGCUCUCAUCCACGCGCUGGACGAGCUCAAAAUGGUGGCCAUUGUGCGUUAUGCCUAUGACAGACGCAGCAACCCCCAAGUGGGGGCAGCUUUCCCGUGCAUCAAGCGGGACUAUGAGUGCCUGCUAUACGUCCAGCUGCCUUUCAUGGAAGACCUCAGACAUUUUAUGUUCCCCUCUCUUGAAAACAACAAAAAGACUGCUCUGUCAGACACACAGCUGUCAGCCGUCGACUCUCUCAUCGACUCCAUGAUGCUGGUGGAGGAAGACGAGAACGGGGAACAGACGGACCUGUUCAAGCCCCACCACAUUCCCAACCCUGCCUUCCAGAGGCACUUCCAGUGUAUUCAUCACCGGGCGGUAAACCCCGGCACCCCUCUCCCCCCCACGGAGCCGUGGAUGGAGGCUGCCAUUGAUCGCCCUGAGGUUGUUAAUGAACGCUGCCGAGCUCCACUAGAGGAGAUCAAGAGGAAAUUUCCUCUCACCGAAGUGGAGAAGAAAAAGAAACUGAAGACAAGUGCUCAGAUUUUUGGCAAAGACUCGGAGGAGGGUGAUGCCAAGAAGGCAAAAGAAGACGAGGCAGAGGAGGAGUACAACCUGGCUGACAUCGCUCAGGGCUCUGUUACCUCUGUGGGAAGUGUGGAUCCAGCCAGAGAUUUCCGCUCUCUGAUCAAGCAGAAAAGUCGUCCGUUUGGCGAGGUCUGUCAGCAACUGAUUCACAGGAUAGAGCAGUUGCUUAGCAACAAGGGCACACACUACUACAUGAAAAGCAUCACCUGUAUCCAGGCUUUUAGAGAGCAGUCCGUGAAGCUGGGGAAUGCUGAUCUGUACAAUAGCUACCUCCAGUCCCUGAAAAGGAGCAUUCCCACCAGAGGCCUGGAGGUCUUCUGGGAUCUGCUUGUACAAGAUUCUAUAACUUUGAUCAGCAGCGAGGAGGUUGAAACAAGUCCCAUUUCGAAAAAUGAAGCUAAACAGAUCUCUUCAUACAGUUUCUGGCGGCUGAGGAAAAGACAGAGGAGGAAGCCGCUCCACCAGUCGAGGACACUGGAGAUGUUGAUGACUUGGUAUGGUUAA